UAACAUCACUUGAGAGAACCAUCGUGACAGAGUGGGAGCCGACGUAUCCUUCCACUUCAACAGAAUGGCCCGCCUAGCUAGCAACAUGACAAACGCAAUAACAUGUUGGUCAGACAAUGAAAUACCAUGCAUAUUUUGAGGAAUUAUUCCAGCAACACUUUUCAUGUCUCAUGAUAAAAGCGUUGGUCAUUUUGGACUGAUAUGAGGAGAGAUAGUUUUAUGCAGAGGGAUGAGUUUGAGGCCUAGUGUUUGGGGUCCCAUCAUUGACGAGUCUGGAGUCAAGACCUGGAGUUCAGAAAUUUAUUAAGUGACUGAAUUUAUUAAAUUUAUCAUUGAACCAUAUACAACCCUGAGAUACAUGUUCUUGUAGGCGUUCACAGUAAAUACAAGAAAAAGAUUAGAAUCAAUUAAAGACCACACUCAACAGGCCAAUGUACAAAAGACAACAAACUGUGCAAAUACAAAAAGAAGAAAAAAAAGAAAUAAUAGUAAUAAAUAAUUAAGUAAUAAAUAUUGGGAAGAUGAGAUGAAGAAUCAUUGAAAGUGUCCAUAGGUUGUGGGCAACACGAGUGAAUCUGCUGGAAAUAAAUAAAAACACAAAAUGCUGGCAGAACUCAGCAGGCCAGACAGCAUCUAUGGGAGGAGGUAAUAACGAUGUUUCGGGCCAUAGGUUGUGGGAAUAGUUUAGUGGUGAGUGAAGUUAUCCCCUCUGGUUCAGGAACCUGAUGGUUGAGAGGUAAUAACUGAACCUGGUGCUGUGGGUCCUGUGUGGCUCCUGUCUCUCCUUCCCAUUGGCAGCAGCGAGAAUAGAGAAUGUCCAGGAUGGAGUGAGUUCUCAUUCGUCGUUAUCAGAGAACCCUGAGGUCAAUAGAAUCCUGCUGGUCAACUGGAAGUCUGGAACUUGAGGCCUGAUGUGCAGUGCCCUGAGUCUGUGAAUCCGUGAGACUGCUGGAGCUGGAGGCCGAAGAACACAGCCUAUCCUGGGGAUGCAGGCCUGUGUGUGUGGGUGGGUAGGUGGGUGCGAGGAAUGGGGCUUGUUUUGCUGUGGUUGUGUUCUGUUGAUCUACCAAGCAUUGUGGGCAUGCUACGUCGGCGCCGGAGUGUGUGGUGAUAUUUGUGGGCUGCCCCCAGGCAGUGGAGGUUGUUAAUACAAACACCGCAUUUCACUACAUGUUUCAAUGAACACGUGGUAAGUAAAUGAACCUGCAUCUGAAUUAGAAUUGGAAUUUUCUACCAAUGGGUACUCAGUAUUGUUGAUGAUAUUCAGGAAUGGGAUUGGUGGAGAUUUAGACUCUACGCUAAUCAUAGAGAUUGGCUGGGCAAGUGGAUCAGUUUGAAUAUUAGGAAUGGUCAUAUUAGAUCUUGGGGUUUACAAGGAUGUUGCUGGGGCUGGAGGACCUGAGUAAUAAAGGAUAGAUUGAAUAGGUUAGGACUUUAUUCCUUGGAAUGUAGAAGAUUGAGAAGAGAUGUGACUGACGUAUACAAAAUUAUGAGGGGUGUGGAUAGGGUAAAUGCAAACAGGCUUUUCCCACUGAGGUUGGGCAGGACUACAACCAGAGGUCAUGGGUUAAGGGUGAAAGAUGAAAAGUUUAUGGGGAACAUGAGGGGGAGCUUCUUCACUCAGAGGGUUGUGAGAGUGUGAAACGAGUUGCCAGCACAAGUGGUGCACGUGAGCUCGAUUUCAACAUUUAAGAGAAGUUUGCAUAGGUACAUGGAUGGUAGUGCUACGGAGGGCUGUGGUUUGGAUGCAGGUUGAUGGGAGUAGGCAGUUUAAAUUGUUUGGCAUUGACUAGAUGGGCCGAAGGGACUGUACUUUCUUAUGACAGGCUGAAGGGUUCUUAUGAUAGCUUCCAGCUCCCACUGUAUUCAUCUCUUCUGAUGAAAAGUCUUUGACAAGAAACGUUAAUCCUUUUCAUUUCCCACAGUUGCUGCCUGACCUGCUCAGUAUUUCCAGCCAUAAUUGAUUUUAUUUUAGAUCUCUAGCUUCUACAGUUUUCUGAUUUUCAUUUUUAUGUCUUUAAAAGUUUAAAAAGAUGGGGUGGCUUGGCAGUGCAGUGGUUGGUGUAACACUAUUACAAUGCCAGCAACCUGGAUUCAAUACCAACACUGCCUGUAAGGAGUUUGUACGUUCUCCCCGUGACCGCGUGGGUUUCCUCCGGGUGCUCUGGUUUCCUCCCACAGUCCACAGAUGUACUGGUUAUGUGGUUGUAAUUGGGUGGCAUAGGUUUAUUGAACUAGGAUGGCCUGUUACCCUGCUGUAUCUCUAAAAAAGUUUCUGAACAUUAAUUUCAACAGAACAAGUGAUUUUACAGAAGUAUUUUUAAUGCUCCUACCUAAACCAAUCAAAUUACAUGAAAAAGCACAUCUACGUGAAACAGUGAAAUACUGUUGUAGGAAAUCAGCAUCCAUCAUCAGAGAUCCUCACCACCCAGGCCGUGCUCUCUUCUCACUGCUGCCAUCAGGUAGAAGGCACAGGAGCCUCGGGACUCACACCACCAGGUUCAGGAACAGUUACUACCCCUCAACCAUCAGGCUUCUGAAUAAAAGGGGAUAGUUACACUCAUUACCCCCAUUAUUGAAAUGUUCCCACAAGCAACGAUUUCAUUUUAAGGACUCAUUACCUCAUGUUCUCAUUAUUUAUUGCUAUUUAUUUUUAUUUGCGUUUGCACAAUUCACUGUCUUCUGCACUCUGGUUGAUCUUUCACUGAUCCUGUGAUUGUUAUUAUGCUACAGAUUUAUUGACUAUGCCCACAGGAAAAGAAACUCAGGGUUGUAUAUGGUGAUAUAUACGUAGGUUGAUAAUAAAAUUUACAUUGAACUUUGAACUUUUAAAUGUCUUCUUCAAAUAGUAAUUACUAUUUUAGUACUGAUUGUUAUCUGUUAUAAAGUGACUGAUGCUGUUUAUUCCUAGGAUAAUCCAAAAUGGAUUGGGACACCCUUCAAAGUUUGCUGGAUGAAAUGAACAAGUAUUCCACGUCCCUGGGGAAGGUGUGGCUCUCGGUCAUUUUCAUCUUCCGUCUGCUGGUGCUGGUUGUGGCGGCCGAGACCGUGUGGGGAGAUGAGCAGAGCGACUUUCUCUGCAACACACAGCAGCCCGGUUGCAGGAACGUGUGCUACGACCGCUUCUUCCCCAUCUCCCACAUCCGGCUGUGGGUUUUCCAGCUCCUGGCUGUGACCGUCCCGUCAUGUCUCAUCGGGAUGCACGUUUCCCAACGGAGAAAAAACAAGAAAAACAUCAAAAUCUUUCAUCGGAAUGCCGAUCGGCGAAAAGUAAAGAUCGAUACCUCUCUCCUUUGGACAUACCUGGUGAGCCUCGUGUUCAAGAUGUUAUUUGAAGGCAGCUUUAUGUAUUUAUUCUACUGGAUCUAUGAAGGAUACCAGAUGGUUCGACUAGUGAAGUGUAGCGAAUAUCCGUGCCCUAAUACCGUUGACUGCUUCAUUUCCAGACCGACCGAGAAAACCAUUUUUACCGUGUUUAUGCUGGUGACCUCAGCUCUGUGCAUCGCACUGAAUGUGGCAGAACUCUGCUACCUAAUUGUAAAAUAUUGCUUUGUUCAGCUAGGAAAUCUUGUUUCCCUGCACUAAAGAACUGUACAAAGGCCUAAAGGUCAAAGAACUACCAUUCCUUCCUCAAGCAAAAAGUGAUGUUGACUGCUGAGAUAGAACUACCAUUUUCCCCAUAAAAUUUAGCAUUUUCUUCAGUGAGAUUGUUACAUAAAAUACGUUUCCCUCAUAUUUUGAUGAGUUGAGAUUAGAUCCAAAAUCUGAAUGGCUGGUAAACAUUUUGCAGCAGCACAUCAUUGGACCCAAACAAAGCAUUUUGCUGUAUGUUUUGAUGUAGGUAUAUGUGACAGAUAAAGCUAAUCUUUAAAUCUUCAUCUAUUUACUGAUGCAGACUCUUUAAUCCUAGGUUUAUUUAUUUUCUUGAAAAUCCCCUGAUGCCAGUGUGGGAUUUAAACUCGAGCCCCUGGACUACUGAUGUUGAACUGUGGAUGCCAACUGUCUUCUGAAAACUUUGAGAAGUUGUUGGCAUUAACAAUCGAUACAGCCUAACAGUGAGCUGUGGGCAGCCCGCAAGUGUCGCCACAUAUUCCAGCGGCAACGCGGCAUAUCCACAAUGCUUGGCAGGGCAACACAGAAGGCAACAAGCAACAAGCCAUCUGCAGUAACAAAAGCCCCAUUCCUCCCUCCCACGCACACGUUCUCCAGUCUCCAGGCUUCAGCCUUCAGAGUUUAAGUAUAUUGUUUUCAUUUAAACUUUAUAGUUUUGUAUAACUUUGGUUGGGUCACCCUUGGGGUUCCAGUCACCCCAUUUACAGGAAUGAUGUGGAGGCCUUUGGAGUGGGUGCAGAAGAGGUUUAUCAGGAUGCUAACUAGGUCAGAGGGCAUGAACUAUGAGGAGAGUGUGAACAAUCUUAGGUUGCUUACUCUGGAAUGUCGGAGGCUGAGGGGUGACUUGAUAGAGUCAUAAGAGGCAGGGAUAAGGUAGAAAAUCAGAAACUCUGUCCCAGGGAUCGUUAUGUGUCAUGUUGUAUGAUGUGGACAGUCAUUGUCUUUCCAUCACCAUGAUCGUUCGUGGCAAAUUUUCCUACGGAAGUGGUUUGCCAUUGCCUCCUUCUGGGCAGUGCCUUUACAAGACGGGUGACCCCAGUCAUUACCAAUUCUCUUCAGAGAUUGUCUGCCUGGUGUCAGUGGUCACAUAACCAGGACUUGUGAUGUGCACCAGCUGCUCAUACGACCGUCCACCACCUGCUCCCAUGGCUUCAUGUGACCCUGAUCGGGGGCUAAGCAGGUGCUACACCUUGCCCAAGGGUGACCUGCAGGUUAACAGAAGGAAGGGGCUCCUUACACCUUAUUUGGUAGAGACGUAUCUCCACCCCAUCACUCCAGGUUAGAAUUGUCAAAAUCUAGAGAGAUUAGCUUAACGGUGAGAGGGGGGCAAGUGAAAGGGUAUGUGUGGGGCAAGUUUUUUUACUGAAGAGUGAUGAUUGCUCGAACACACUUCAGGGUUAGUGGUAACAGUGUAAACAAAUGCAGUACUGGUCUUUCGGAAGCUUUUAGACAGGCACAUGAUUAUCCGGGGAAUGGAGGAAAAUGGAUUACUAUAUGUACAAUCAACAGGGAUUCGGUUUUUUUUUUGGAAUCGUCCUCGACACAACAUUGUGGGCCAGAGGGUCAUCUCCUGUUCUGGGCU